CCCGGAAAGAGAGACACAAUCUCGAGGUCUAGACAUGGCACGCCCACUGUUGUGCCUGGUCGCGGCUUUGCUGGCCCCAACUGGAUCCUGGGCGUCUCCUACUUCCAAGCGGAUGCCGCGAGCAGACUACACAGGGCAUCGGGUAGUAUCGGUGACGGCAGCAACGGCAGCUGACGUCGGCCUCUUAUCGUCCUUGGCGGAUACCCUGCAGCUCGACGUAUGGCAAGAAUCUGCCGCGGUCGGCAGACCGGCGCUCAUACGACUCAGACCGGAAGUUGCCGACGAUUUCCUGGCCACCGCUUCCCGAAAAGGCCUCAAUGUGACGACGAAGUGCCUUAACCUGCAAGAAUCUAUAGAUAAGGAGCGCAGGGAGAUGCGCUUCACUACAUAUUCGACUACACAGGAUCAUUUCACAAGAUACCUGCGGUACUCAGAGUUCAAGGACGCCCUCCAGAAUUACGCAAAGGAGUACGAUCACGUGACUUACACGUCUAUUGGCAAAUCAUACGAAGGGAGAGACAUCAUUGGUGCUCACAUCAAGACCAAGGAGAAUCAGCCCAUCGUCUUCUUCGAAUGCGGUAUCCAUGCCAGGGAAUGGAUUUCCCACGCCACCUGCCUUUACAUCAUAGAUCAGCUCGCUACGCAGUACGAGACGGACGAAGAGGUCAAGCGCCUUCUGUCUAAGUACGAGUGGAGGAUAUACCCAGUGGUCAAUCCUGAUGGCUACGAGUACACGCACACCGACGACCCCCUGUGGAGGAAGACCCGGUCCGUGAGCCGCUUGAAAAGCGAGUGCCGGGGGGCGGAUGCGAACCGGAACUUUGACGUCAGCAACUUUUGCAAGGUACGCUCCAGUAACGACCCCUGCUCGGACGGGUACUGUGGAGACGGACCCUUCUCGGAGCCGGAGGUUCGCGCCGUUCGGGACGCUCUGGUGUCAACCCAGGGCCGCACCGAGUUCUACUUCUCCAUGCACAGCUUCAGCCAGUAUUGGAUGUACCCGUACGGAUACACCAACGUCAGCGUGCCGAACCAUGAGCUGCUGGCCAAUAUCUCACUCGCAGCUACGGAAGCCAUCUUUAAACUUCAAGGAACUGAAUACGAAGUUGGACCCAUCUCAAAAGUCGUAUACCGGGUAUCUGGAAGCAGCGUGGAUUGGGCCUACGACCACGCAGGCGUGAAAAAGGCCUUCGCCAUUGAGCUACAGCCAUCAUGGCGAACGUUCGAUGAGAAUAUGGCUUUCGCAAUGCCUGUCAGAAAAAUCUUACCUUCCGUCAAAGAAACCUGGGUUGGCAUUAAAGGAGCCGUCAACUAUUGA